UGUUGUGUAAUAAUCACAAGCUUAACGUUAAGAAAAUGAAGUUCUGUGUUGCGAUAGUAAUAAUUGGCUAUCUAAGUUGUAUCUUAGCUGAUACAAUUAAAUUGAGCGAAGAACAGAAGGAUAAAGCUCAAAAAUAUGGCGAGGAAUGCAUCAAACAGGAAAAUAUCACAGUGGAAGAGGCAACGAAAUUGAAGAAUCGCGACUUUACGAAUCCAAGUGAUAAUGUUAAAUGUUUUGCCAAUUGCUUCUUCGAAAAGGCUGGUACGAUUAAGGAUGGUGUUGUGCAAGAGGAUGUUGUAUUGGAAAAAUUGGGACCACUGCUUGGUGAAGAUAGAACUAAAAUAAUAAUGAAAGAGUGUAAUGCACUUAAAGGAGAAAACAAUUGUGAUACUGCAUUCAAGUUAUAUCAAUGCUAUGAGAAGUUUAAAUCAGAAGUGACUGAUAAAGUUUUCUGAGGAUAUUGUAAUAAUGAAAUACUUGAAGAAGAAGUAAAUUAAAUGAAUAGAAAAAAAUUGA